CAAAGACCUUGGCUUUCUCUCCGUGUCCCUUUCCUCUGGCAGGAAAUAGAGGAAGGGCUAACUGGCUUUGGGAACCAGGCACACCUAGUUGUGCCAUCUUCAUACAAAGCCCACCAAGCACCAUCCUAUAAAGUCACACGCCUGAAGAUGAACAGUCAAAAGAAAAGAAAAGAUAUGGAACCUGCUUGUACUUGGAGUUUAUUGUCUGAACAGAAAGCUACUUCAAAUUCUCAGGCUUCAUUGUCAUGGAAGGAGCUCAUAGAUAUAGAUGGACCAAUCCUGGACGUUAUUCUUGUGUAUCCAGAGAAGCUUCUUUUCAUACUUGAUGGAUUUCCUGAGCUCCAGCAUCCUGAAGAAGAAUAUGCAGAAAAGAUAAUUGGUGAUUUACAAUCAAUUAUAUUGCUUCAACCUUCCUACACAAAAAUGGACAUUCUGGCUAUGUCAUUCUGUGUAAAAAGCAGUCACAGUCAUCUGUCAGUGUCUCUGAAGUGUCAGCACCUAAUUGGAUUUGAGGAGGAAGAGCAAGCCUCUGCAUUCAUGACACCAGUCUUUACACUUAAUCAGUCCUUCAAGCUACACAAUUUGCCAGUGUCUCGGCUACACUUGCUCUGCCAAGCACUACGUAAUCCAUGCUGUAAAAUCAAAGACCUGAAACUGAUUUUCUGCCACCUCACAGCUUCUUGUGGUAGGGACCUCUCUUUAGUAUUUCAAACUAACCAGUAUUUGACAGAUUUGGAAUUUGUAAAAAAUACCCUGGAAGAUUCAGGAAUGAGGCUUCUGUGUGAAGGAUUAAAGCAGCCAAACUGUGUCUUACAGACAUUGAGGUUGUACCGAUGCCUUAUAUCUCCUGCUUCUUGUGGGGCACUAGCAGCUGUUCUCAGCACCAGUCAGUGGCUCACUGAUCUGGAAUUUAGGGAAACAAAAUUGGAAGCUUCAGCUCUGAAAUUGCUCUGUGAAGGCUUAAAAGAUCCAAAUUGCAAAUUACAGAAGCUCAAGUUGUGUGCUAGCUUUCUCCCUGAAAGCUCAGAGGUUGUUUGCAACUAUCUUGCCUCUGUUCUCAUUUGCAAUCCAAACCUCACUGAGCUUGACCUGAGUGAAAAUCCCCUGGGGGAUACAGGGGUGAAGUAUCUUUGUGAAGGUCUCAGACAUUCCAACUGUAAAGUGGAGAAACUAGACUUGAGCACAUGUUACCUAACAGAUGCUAGCUGUAUGGAGCUCUCUUCUUUCUUGCAAGUGAGUCAGACUCUAAAAGAGUUGUUUGUGUUCGCCAAUACCCUAGGGGACAUAGGAGUACAGCAUCUCUGUGAAGGUCUGCAGCAUGCACAGGGUAUAAUCGAGAGUCUUGUGCUUUCCCAGUGUUCCCUUUCUGCGGCUUGUUGUGAGUCCCUCGCCCAAGUCCUGAGCUCCACCCGGAGCCUGACAAGGCUGCUUCUAAUUAAUAACAAAAUUGAAGAUUUGGGACUGAAAUGGCUGUGCGAAGGAUUAAAACAGCCUGAUUGUCAGUUAAAGGAUCUGGCACUGUGGACCUGCCACCUGACUGGAGAGUGUUGUCAGGAUUUGUGCAAUGCACUCUACACCAAUGAGUACCUGAGAGACCUUGACCUCAGUGAUAAUGCCUUAGGGGAUGAGGGUAUGCAGGUGCUGUGCGAAGGGCUGAAACACCCCUCCUAUAAACUACAGACCUUGUGGUUAGCAGAAUGUCAUCUCACAGAUGCAUGCUGUGGAGCCCUUGCCUCUGUCCUCAACAGAAAUGAGAACCUGACACUGCUAGACCUAAGUGGAAAUGACCUCAAGGAUUUUGGAGUGCAAAUGCUGUGUGAUGCACUGAUUCAGCCAAUAUGUAAACUACAGACAUUCUACAUUGACUCGGAUCAUUUACAUGAAGAAACGUUCAGAAAGAUGGAAGCUUUAAAAAUGAGCAAGCCUGGAAUCACCUGGUAGUUUCCAAGGAAAGCCCCUGAAUCAGCUGCAUAUAGAUCCCUCGAUCUGCCCCCAUCUUUAACAGUUGUGCAAUAUUCUUGUUCUAAACCUGUUAACCAUUGCCAAGGACCCUAGUGUGAAACAAACAGCAGUGAUUUCUAUUUCUUACAUAGAAUCAUCCACUAAGUAGGAUGUGAAAGGCAGAGGCACUUUAGUUCAAAUGUCUUCAGCAAUAAUACCUUACAUUUAUAUGUUGUGUUAUAAUGUUUACUAUGUUCUCACAGAAACCCUCAAAAGUGGGAAGAUGAGGCUCAGAGAGGCUGUGACUAGCUCUAUGUCACACAGCUCAUUAGUGAGAGAAUUGGGACUGGAAUCUAGCCAGGUUUUACAAUACCCAGACCAGACAGAGAAACAAUAGAAAAAGAAUGUGAAGGAGUCAACUUAAAGAAACAAGAUACUUGAAAUGAUUAAAGUGCAAGAGAGUAUACAAACAUAUAUCUUAUGGUGCUGAUUUUAACUAAAACUAAUUCACAAAGGAAAGAGUGGAAUGAGUUCCAUUAAUAGGGAAAGGCUUCAUGGAGAUGCAACUUGAUGUGGGCCUUGAGAAUGAGCAGGAUUGAGAUGGGGGGAGAUACAUAGGCCAGUGGCUGUAAGACUGCAGGCAACAGGGCUGUGUUUGUGAGCCGCUCGCCAAAAGCGCCUAGGGAGAGAAAAAUGUUUGCAUUAGAGUUUCCUGAGCUGUGGCAGUAUCUACAUUCUAGCUGAGGGUGUUCUCUAGUUUCCAGGCUCAACUCCUUUUCUGAACUUCUAAUACCCCAUGUGUUUGUUCUUAUUCAUGGACUCCUAUGGCUGACUCACUCCUCAUCCGUGACAACAAAUUGCAUGGCCUAGCAUGGAUCCUACACAACCCCAUGUUUAUCUCUGCCUAGCUUCUACAAAACACCAGAUGAGACAAGUGGAGGAAGGGAAUGCCAGGCAAAGAAAAUAGCACAAAGUCCAUAAUAUAGCAGUUAAUGUGGUAUGGGAUGGGCAGAAAAGUAGGCUGACCUAAUUAAGAUACACAGGUGUCUCUGGAAGCUACUUGACUAGCUGUGUGACCCUGAACAAGUCAACUUGGAUUGUAACAGUUUCUAUUUUCUCAUCUGUAAAAUGGGGAUAACUUCACAUUAACCUUAUAUGGCUGUUGUUCCUGAUAUGGUGCUGACCCACAGUAGGUACUAUAAUGGUAGCUAUUUGUAUGAGUGUGUAAAUGUGAUACAGCUCAGCUGUGUAGUCUUUGAGCUCCCAGAUUUUCCUGCUGUGUAGUCAGUGUUAACUGUGCAUUUGCACUAAAUGUGUGUGCUGGAGACAGUAUAUCUAGUGGGGGAAGAGACACAUAGUGGGAAGUUACUGCCCGCUAGAGGUCUAGCUGCUCCAUGUCCUCGUCCAUCAUCAUAUGUUGUUCCUUGCUGCCCUGGGAGAUGGUAACUUUCGGUCCAGAGACUACAUCUGGCCUGAGAUGGUCAAAACAGCACUUUGUUUCCAGUUUUCUUAAGUUAUUUCCUUUUAGUUAUUUAAAACUUAUUUAUUGACAAUUAUUAUGUGCCAGGUUUUGUGCUAAGUAUUGGCUUUACAGAGAUGAAUAUGCCUUUUCCUGUGCACAUCCCCCUCCAUCUUCUCUGACUGCCCUGGUCCCUCUGUCAGUCUGGUAAAAAUCUGAUAAAACUCAGUCACAGUAAGAACUCAGAAAUAUAAUGUUGAAUGAAAGAUUGCAGAACUCUGUGUGUGGGUCUUUGUGUGUGUGUCCCAUUUGUGUAUAAAAGGAUAAAUACACAUGUAUGUGUGUGUGUCCAGAAUAUGUGUGGAAGAAUAUAUACAGGAAAUUGCCAAUAGGAGUUAUCUCUGUUAAGAGGAAUUUGGCAAAGAGGGGCCAUUUUUAUCUAUAGCCCUUUGUUCUACUUGAUGUUUUUACCA